CAAGUUUCCUCUUUUACCGUUUGCUUCAACUCUUCUUCAUCAGAUUCCAUUCCAUUCCAUAAUUCUCUCUCUAUCUGGUCCAAGUAACUUGCAGUCGGCUCCAUAAUUACAGCCUUACAGGAGUGAAUCAGUUUUGACUCCAGAGAGCUGCUGAUUCGUCUGAAAAUGCCAUCUGAUUGUGCCGAUUCAUCAGAUCAAGAGAAAGAGCCUUUUGUUGAAGUUGAUCCGUCUGGACGUUUUGGUCGGUAUGAUGACCUGCUUGGUUCCGGCGCUGUGAAGAGAGUUUACAGGGCGUUUGAUCAACGAGAAGGGAGAGAAGUGGCGUGGAAUCAAGUUAGGCUAAUGAAAUUCAGUCAUGAUCCGAAAACUAUCAAGAGGCUUCAAUCUGAGAUCUCAUUGCUGAAGACAUUAAGGAAUGAUAACAUCAUUGUUUUGUGCAGUUUCUGGAUGGAUAAAGAGCGAAACACAUUGAAUUUCAUCACUGAGGCUUUCACAUCUGGGAGUUUGAGAGACUUUAGGAAGAAGCAUAGGCAUGUAUCGAUUAAAGCCAUGAAGAAAUGGUCAAGACAGAUACUCAAUGGCUUAGAUUAUCUCCAUACUCACGAUCCUUGCGUCAUCCAUAGAGAUCUUAACUGCAGUAACAUCUUCAUCAAUGGUAACAUAGGGAAGGUUAAGAUCGGUGACUUAGGAUUGGCAACAAUAGUAGGUAAAAGCCAUCAUGCACAUUCAUUGCUAGGAACACCAGAAUAUAUGGCGCCUGAACUGUACGAAGAAGAAUACACAGAGCUAGUUGAUAUAUACUCCUUCGGGAUGUGUUUGCUAGAAAUGUCAACAAUGGAGAUACCGUAUAGUGAAUGUGACAGUAUAGCCAAAAUAUACAAGAAGGUAACAACAGGCAUUAUGCCUCAAGCAAUGAACAAAGUGCUAGAUCUCGAAUUGAAGGCAUUCAUACAGAAAUGUAUUGGUCAACCAAGGGAAAGACCUUCAGCUAGUGAACUUCUCAAAGAUCCAUUUCUAUGUGAAGUUGAUAUUGAUCAGGAGAAUGAAAUGAUGUCUCUUUCCAUUAGCACCAAACCUAAUGAUCCGUUGCCAGAAAGCUUAAGAUGCAAACAAACAGCUUGAUUUCGAAGAUGAUGAUGACAACAAACAAGGCAAGUUGUUUGACAUACUGUUUUCUUUACUGUUUUUUAGUAAACAUAUUAUAAUAUUUGGUGGUUCUAUUUUAGUAUUGCAUGCUUUGCAUUGCAUCUCUAAUUGUUGCAUUUCUCUAUAUUAGUAAGUAGAAUCAUCAUCCUCUAAUACAUUGAUUUUAUGGUACAAUAAAUCAUGCUAAAACCUUUUCUUUUGAGUG